AUGGGGGCCAUCAUCGGCCCUGGGAACGUCUGGAGGUUUCCUUAUCUGUGCUACAGAAACGGAGGAGGUGUUUUCUUUAUUCCCUACAUUCUGUUCAUCUUCACCUGCGGGAUCCCCCUGUUUUUCCUCGAGACUGCGCUUGGACAGUACACCAACCAGGGCGGCAUCACGUGCUGGAAAAAAAUAUGUCCAAUUUUUCAAGGAGUGGGCUAUGCCAGUCAUUUGAUUAUUUCAUUCAGUGCCACUUCUUACGUCAUCAUAAUGGCGUGGGCCUUCUUCUACUUGUUUGCGUCCUUUAGCGCAGACCUUCCGUGGGCCUCGUGUGGACAUGAGUGGAACACAGCGAACUGUUUUGAUGUUGGUCAGUCUAACACGAGCUUGGAAACAAUACACAAACAAAACACCACUCUCCCAGUCGUUGAGUAUUGGCAGCACCGGGUGUUGAAGAUAUCCUCAGGCAUCGAGGACGUGGGGAGUCUGAGAUGGGAGCUUGUCCUCUGCCUCAUUCUGACUUGGGUCAUCUGCUAUUUUUGUGUCUGGAAAGGCAUCAAGUCCACUGGCAAGGCGGCGUACUUCACAGCGACCUUCCCCUAUGCAAUGCUGCUUAUCUUACUGAUCCGAGGUGUGACUCUGCCUGGAGCUAUCGAUGGGAUUAUUUACUACCUCUACCCAGACAUCUCACGCCUCUCUGAUGCACAGGUGUGGAUGGAUGCUGGGACGCAGGUUUUCUUCUCUUAUGCCAUUGGAAUGGGUUUCUUAACUUCACUUGGAAGCUACAACACCUUCAAAAAUGAUUGUUACAAGGAUUGCUUCUACCUGUGUCUUCUAAACAGCGCGACCAGUGUUGUGGCUGGUUUUGCAAUUUUCUCUGUUUUGGGAUUCAUGACUUAUGAAACCGGACUGGACAUUGCUGAAGUGGCAGAAUCAGGCCCCGGGUUGGCCUUCAUCGUUUACCCGCGUGCAAUGGCCAUGAUGCCGAUGCCUCAGCUCUGGUCUGUGUGUUUCUUCCUCAUGAUCAUCCUCCUCAGCCUCGACAGCCAGUUCGUGGGCCUGGAGUGCCUGAUGACCUCGCUGGUGGAUCUGUUCCCGGUUUAUUUACGGCAAGGAUUUAGACGAGAACUGCUGCUGCUGAUGAUCUGCUCGGUCUGCUGUUUACUGGGCUUUUCUCUGGUCACGGAGGGUGGGAUGUACCUGCUGCAGCUGCUGGAUCAUCAUGUUUGCAGCGGCACCACUCUGUUACUGCUGUCGUUCUGCCAGUGUGUGGGCAUCUCCUGGAUUUACGGUGCUGACCAUUUUUAUGAGGACAUCGCGAGCAUGAUAGGAUAUCGUCCAAACAGAUUCAUGAAAUACUGCUGGAAAUAUGUCACACCCCUCAUAAUACUUGGGACGUUUGUGUUCUCCAUAGUGAGGUACAGUCCUCUGAAGUUCAGUAACUCCUACAUUUACCCACUGUGGGCAAACAUCCUGGGCUGGUUCAUCGCCACUGUGUCCCUCUCCUUGAUCCCACUGUUUAUCAUCUACCAGCUCAUCAUUGGACAUGGAACUCUCAAACAGCGGUUUAUGACCCUUUGUCAGCCCACAGAUGAAUUUGGUCAAAACAAAAAUUGGCCGGAGAAAAGUGCCGUGUCCAAAUUGGACCAAAGUGAACUCAAACUGGUGCCUAAUACUGGAGAACUUGCUGCAUGA